AUGGCACCACCAUCAGAGAAGUCUGUUCUGAGCAAUUUUCUCCUAUCUCCUGCUUCUCUGCCGACAGUGAUGUCGUUGCAGAAGUUCACGGAGCUUUUCCCCAAGCGUCUACGGUCUCAUCCGCAGAUAAGAGCUCUAUACAGAGAACUGCAACAACUACGUGAGCAGGACAUGGAGCUCAUCAAUGAGAAUAUUGAUGAAGAAGUCGAAAGGGGCAAAGAGCAAAGGGGAGAGCUACGGAAGGCUAGCAGGAAUCGUGACGUCGAAAGUUUGAAUGAAAACGACCAGCGGGAGAUGGACAUAGAUAUGCGAUUAUUUGGCUCAGAGCCUGCGCUAUCUUCUGAAGACUAUCACUCAUUGUCCAGUCUACUGUCCGAAAUGGAGGCUGCAUGCGAUGAUAUCGAGCGUGAGAUAGCCGACGUGGACGAAGAGGCUGACAGGAUCUUGUCCGGCCUCAAUACGACAGUCGAUGAAAUGAGCGAUUUACGCUACGGAAAGCACCAAGGCCCUGCAGGGCAGACUGCUGAUGAUGUUGUGGACGAGGCUGUUCAAGGCUUGAAAAACCUUGAGGACAGCUGUCAUCGCAAUAGCACGUCAUGA